CGUUCUGCCCAUUCUAUGCAAGCUGCUAUUGCAGCAAUGCAGCGAUUCUACAGGCUGCCCGUCACAGGAGUGCUGGAUGAGACCACCGUAGAGUGGAUGAAGAAACCUCGGUGUGGUGUCCCUGAUCAGCCUCGGGUCACUCGCAGACAGAGGAGUAAACGCUAUGCACUCACUGGCCAGAAAUGGAGGCAGAAGCACAUCACCUACAGCAUUCACAACUACACCCCAAAGGUGGGAGAGUACGAAACUCGGAGAGCUAUUCGCCGAGCAUUUGAUGUCUGGCAGAAGGUCACCCCAUUGACUUUUGAGGAAAUUCCUUAUCAUGAGAUUAAGAGUAACAGAAAGGAAGCGGACAUUAUGAUUUUCUUUGCCUCUGGUUUCCAUGGCGACAGCUCCCCGUUUGAUGGAGAAGGUGGAUUCUUGGCACAUGCUUACUUCCCAGGGCCAGGAAUUGGAGGUGAUACUCAUUUUGACUCAGACGAACCCUGGACAUUGGGCAAUUCCAAUCACGAUGGAAAUGACCUGUUCCUGGUGGCUGUGCACGAAUUAGGCCAUGCCCUAGGCCUAGAACAUUCCAAUGAUCCCAGUGCUAUCAUGGCUCCUUUUUAUCAGUACAUGGAUACCGAAAACUUCAAACUACCGCAGGAUGAUUUACAGGGCAUCCAGAAGAUUUAUGGUCCCCCAACUGAGAUCCUGGAACCCACAAGACCCUUGCCGACCAUCUCCGCUCGCAGGAUCCACUCCACCUCUGAAAGGAAGCAUGACCGACAAUCCCGACCCCCCCGGCCCCCCUCUGGGGAGAGACCUUCCUACCCCGGCUCUAAACCCAACAUCUGCGACGGACAUUUCAACACGGUGGCUUUGUUCCGAGGGGAAAUGUUUGUCUUCAAGGAUCGUUGGUUCUGGCGCCUUCGUAAUAACCGAGUACAGGAGGGUUACCCGAUGCAGAUCGAGCAAUUCUGGAAAGGACUCCCUACCCGUAUCGAUGCAGCGUAUGAAAGAUCAGAUGGAAAAUUUGUUUUCUUUAAAGGAGAUAAGUAUUGGGUGUUCAAGGAGGUUACAGCUGAACCUGGAUAUCCUCAUGGGUUGGUGCAACUAGGAAAAGGCCUCCCUCGAGAAGGAAUUGACAUGGCCCUGCGCUGGGAACCUGUGGGAAAAACCUAUUUCUUCAAAGGAAACAAAUACUGGAGGUAUAACGAGGAGAAGCAAGCAUCAGAUCCUGGCUACCCGAAACCCAUCACCAUCUGGAAGGGAAUUCCAGAGGCACCUCAGGGUGCCUUUGUGAGCAAAGAAGGAACUUAUACAUAUUUUUACAAAGGGAAGCAGUACUGGAAAUUUGACAAUCAGAAGUUGCUUGUGGAGCCUGGCUAUCCCCGCUCCAUUGUCAAGGACUGGAUGGGAUGCAAUCACAAAGAUGUCAACACGAGCAAAGACCGUCGUCGACCUAAUGACGAUGUGGACAUCAUGGUCCAGAUCAAUGAUGUGCCCAGCACAGUAAAUGCCAUCGCUGUAGUCAUCCCUUGUAUCCUGUCCCUCUGUAUCCUGGUAUUGGUUUACACCAUCUUCCAGUUCAAGCAGAAAGGGUCACAGCAGAACCUGGUGUCCUGCAAACGCUCAGUGCAAGAGUGGGUUUGAAGAUCUGAGCACAACAGGACAGGCAUUUUUAAAAUGUCAUUGGUUCAAAUGAGGGCUAUUUGUGAAUGAGGCAGGAAUCUUCCAACCGUGGGAAAGAUGACUCGAGAGCCUAGAAUCUCUGAACCUUGGGGUAUUUGUGGUGUUUCUACCGACUGAACAAGGGAACCGACAGGGAACUGGGAGCCUCCUGCAACACGCACAUCACGU